UACACUGAAUUUACAGUUAGAUCAGCAUUUUAUUAAAGUAGGUUAUAUCAACUCUAUGCUCUUAAAAUAAACAAUCAAAAGGUCACAGAUACAUGCAAACACACAUACCUUUUCUUCUGAGCACCAGAGGUAUGUUAAUGGGUUCAUAUCCUAAAUGGAACGGUAUCUCUGAUUUGAUCUUUCGCUAUGAUCACAGAGGCUUGUAGCUUACUGUGAAGAUACUGGGCUUGUCCUAUAAAAAUGUGUUUCCCUAUUUCUCACCAUUUUACCAGGUAUUGUUAAGGCAUAAAGACUAUAAUGGCGUCCAUAUGGGAUUUUAGUGGAAGUGCACAGUUGAUGUACCAAAUUUUAUCACUUCCCUUUGCUUUAAUAUUUUAUUGCUUGGCAACAAAUGGAUAUCUGACUUUGACUCAAAGGUACCUCUACCUGGGUGUUGGAGGGUUUUCCCUUGCUGUGAUAAGCAUGGGCUGGUACAGCAUUGUCCUGUUUGUUUCUGUGAUAAUGUCUGCAUUGUUGAUCUAUUAUCUGGACUCACAAAUAAUUCACCCAUGGAUUUUUACUGUCCAAAUGUUCUGGCAGUCCCUUUGGCACGUGUUCCUUCUUAUCAGGUUGCUCUGGCAUGAAGAACCUACAGACCAUAGACUUCUACUCAUGGUGUCCUCUCUGAUGCUGCUCACUCAGCGAGUGACUUCUGUUUCCAUGGAUCUUGAAGAGGGAAAAGUGAUUCUUCCCCCCCGGUUCAAAGGAAGGGUUUACAGUUCUCACCUCCUCCCUUUCGCCUGCUACAGUCUCUCGUUCGUGUUCUUGCUCGGUGGGCCUCUAUGUCCAUAUGACCAAUUUGUGUCUUUCGUACAGCACAUUCAACAAAACCCUCCACCUUCUCCUCUCAACAGAGUUUCUCUGAGACUUUUAUGGGUUUUGAUCUUGGAAGGCAUCAAACAUGUCCUAACGAUUAUUCUCAAAGUUAGUUCUGUAAAUCUGAACAAUUUUGGUGGGCUUCAAGGUGUUCUGUGGGUGUGGAAUCUGUCACUGCUCCUGAAGAUGAGCUACUACUCUCACUGGGCUCUCAGUGAGUGUCUGUGUAAUGCCACUGGUCUUGGCUUCUGUGCUAAACGCCCAACUGGUUCCCAGCGCUGGAAUGGUCUGUCAGAUGGGGAGCUGUGGACCACAGAGACUUCAUGCCGCCUGUCUGAGUUUACUCGUCAAUGGAAUGGCACAACUGCUGCGUGGUUGCGAAGGCUUAUUUACCAAAGAUGUCAGACUUUUCCUUUAGGAUUAACAUUUGCUUUUUCAGCCCUGUGGCAUGGUCUGCACCCAGGUCAGGUCGCAGGUUUUUUCCUCUGGGCAACCAGUGUGAAAGCUGAUUAUCAAGUUCACAAAUAUUUGAGUCCAAGGCUGACUUCACCAUGGACAAGGAAGGUGUUCAGAUGCUUAAGCUGGAUUCAGACCCAGAUGGUCAUGGCAUGUGUUAUCGUCACCAUUGAACUUUGGCAUGUAACGCUGUGGUCCUUUUGUAUGAAUUAUAUUAGCAUCUUCCCUCUUAUCUAUAUUUGUUUAUUAACAGCACUUUCAUUUUGUUGAUCUACAUUGCUGAUUUUACACUUUGCUGGGUCCUGCUGAGGAGGCGUGGCCUAAUAAGCCCUGAUGUGUUUUGUAUAUCAUCGAAGAGGUACUGUAAUUAUUCUGAAUCAGCUGUUUGAUAUAGGACUUUGAUGUUCUUUCUACAUUUAAAGAUUUUAAGAAACUUUUUAUCUGAAUCUCAUUAAUUAACAGAAUAUUGACAAUGGUGACAUAAGCCUAUUACUUCUACAAAGACUCUUGUUUAGAUAUUUGUGUAUUGAUGAGUAUUUCCACGUCAAACUGAUAUUGAUUCUGAAUUGUAAUCUAUUUAUUUAGAUAAUACUUUUAAUAUAUAAGAGUUUAGAGACUGAUAGAUACUGACUAAGAUUUACGAUACUAAUAUUGAUUCUGAAUUGUUGAUUUCUUUGUUUAGAUUAGGUCUACAAGGUAUACAUGAAAUACUGAUAUUGUGUUGAAUUGAUUUCUUUAAGUAGAAAUGAGUACAUUUGAAUCUAGUUAGAACGGGUUAG